UUCUGUGAAAAAUUAUUGAAAAAACUCGGAUAAAUAGGAUUUAAAGAAUCAAAAAUAGCACAAAUGUGUGCCUAAUAGUAUAAGAAGGCAUAAAGUAAUGGAGUAAAGUUAAUAAAUAUGUUUAAAAUAGGAAAAAUGCUAUAAAUUCCAUUUCUUCAAAAAUGGACGAAAAAUUUGCCUAAUUUAAAUAAUUAAUCCUCAAUAAGUGCAAUGGAUGGAGUGAAUUUUUAUUGCAUGAAAAAAUCAAUAGAUUCAUAAUAUUUCGAUUAGAAUAAAUUCGGGUAGUACAUUUAGUAUGAAAAAGUGUUAAAUAAAUUAAACAUAAGUUUAGUGUGUGGUGUCUUUGUAUUAUUUUAUAUGUGCACAAGAGAGUAAAAGAAGGAAAACGAAAGAAAAAAAAAAUUAAUGGGCCUUUUUUAUGAUUUUAUUAUGAGUCGAGAGGCAGAAAAUAUAAAGUGUAUACAGGCAGAAGAAACGAAAAAAUGAAGAGAGAAGGCAAUUUUGAAUUUUCAAACAAAUAAAAAUGGUUUUAAAUAUAUGAAUAUUUUAGAAAAUUUAUUGUAAAUUGCUUCAAUUUACAUUUUCAAGUGUGUUUUGUGUGUGAUGUGCAUUAAAUGAGAGGAACAAAAAAAAAAUACAGUCAGUCAAAAAUAUUUUUAUUUUGAUUAAAUUUCAUUCAUAAAACUAGCACGACUAGUAUCCAAAAAAUAAAUAUAAAUUAAAUUUCCAAGAACUAAAGGUUUGAGUCACAAUCAAAAGUCUUUGAUUAUUCAUCGGAAAUUCUAUUACAAUGAGUGAUGAGUUCAUGAGUGUUUCACGAAAUUAUAGCAACAACUAUGGAAUGAACAACAGCAAUAAUAACACAUCCGAUGAAUUACAAGCAUCGAAUAAUGUCUCAAAUUCAUCACUGUCAAUAUCGGCACUUCAAAUAACUCCUGACUCCUUGUUGGACAUUUCAGCGAGAAUCGUUGCUGAAAAUGAGCCAUUUCAAAGAGUUGAAGAGAAAUAUGAUCGCAUACCCGAACCUGUGCAGCAGAAAAUCAUUUUCUAUUCAUUUCCACGCGAUGAACGUGACAUACAAAUGUACUCCUCGCUCUCUAGGGCAUCAUCAUCAUCAUUCAAUGCAUCCGAUUCACAAAGUUUGAGUUUCAGCAAAGGAUUAAAAUUGUUGGAAAGCAAUUGUGUCGAAAAUGUUCUGCAAGUUGGAUUUCAUUUGAGUGGUGAGGUUUGGACAUUUCCACCGCUAUUGUCAGAUGCAAAUAAGUCAUCGAGAUCAUCAUCAUCAUCCAAUACAUCUACACAAAAUAAUCACAAUAAUCAUCAUGGACCUGUGCCAUUGCUUCCACAAUAUCCGCCUCAUAAUAAUAUCAACGUUUUACAUCAAAAUCCAAAUAAUGGAAAUAAUAAUAAUGUUAAUGCUGGUGUAUAUGAAAGAAGUAUCAAUAAUGAUACGAAUGUUCAAUUUGCUGGCGAGGAGAAUAAAAAAUACAAAGUGUCCGUUAGUUUUGACAGAUGCAAAAUUACUUCAGUAAAAUGCAGUUGUGAUACAAAAGAUAUAUUUUGGUGUCAUCAUGUUGUGGCGUUAGCACUAUAUCGUAUCAGAAAUGCGAAUAGUGUUAAAUUGCGAGUUCCCAUUUCGGAAACUUUGUUGCAAAUGAAUCGUCAGCAAUUACAAAAGUUUGUGCAGUACUUGAUUGCUGAACAUUACACAGAAGUCUUACCAACAGCUCAGAAACUUGCUGAUGAGAUUUUACGACAAAAAACUGAAAUCAACUCAAUAUGUGGUGCACCAGACCCGACAGCAGGUGCAUCAAAAGAUGAUGAGAAUUCAUGGCAUUUAGAUGAGGCACAAGUCUGUGAAGUAGUUCGAAGUUAUUUGGGUCAAGGGAGCUACUAUAAUAGCAAUAAGCAAUUGAAUUGCUUAUUUGGAAAAGUUCGUGAAAUGCUUCGAGCUCAGGAUUCAAAUGGUGCUAGAAUGUUGACACUCAUCACUGAGCAAUUUCUAAAUGAUCCAAGAUUAGUAUUGUGGAAGAGUCAUGGAACUCCGAUGACUGAAAAGUGUCGACAGCUGUGGGAUCAACUCGGAUCUUUGUGGGUGUGCAUAGUUUUAAAUCCACGAUCAACACAAGGAGAGCGGAAUAACUGGAAAGAACUGUUAGAAUCAUGGUCGAAGAUUGAUGUGUGUCCUCAAGAAGAUCCAGAUUUUAGACCCCCAACAAGGGAAAGUCAUCGACUUCGUUCUCAACGCGAACGUGAAUAUGAAAGAAAUAGAUUUUUUCGAGAAAAUAAUCAGCGCAAUGCGCUUUAUCAUCAAUAUCAGCAGCAACAACAAGCACAAAAUAAUUACAAUCAGCGUUAUUAUGAUAAUCCACAAAAUAAUGAAAAUCCAAAUCGUGGUUAUUUAAAUGCAGCUAAUAAUAAUUAUGAUGAUUCGACAUCAUCAUCAUCAGAUUCAGAUUCAGAGAGUGAAUCAGACGAAGAAAUGGAAGAGAAUAAUGAGCCAAGAAAUAUGGAUGUGGAAAAUCAAGACCAACAUGGACUGAUGGAUGUGCCAGUUGAGAAUUUAUAUGAAGUUCCAAAAGAUGAUAAUGAUCGACUUAUUGAACGAAUCAAUAAUUUCAUAGAAGAAGAAGAGAAUGCUGUAAUGAAUGAUUUAUCAUUGGAUAAUGCCAGAGAUCCACAAGAAGGUCCAAUUCCAGAUGAAGACUGCUUCAAGUUUGAACUUCCAGCACUGCGCGAUAAUGAUGAUAGUAGUCGGGAAUCAAUGGAUGAGGAUCAGAUAAGAGAAGAGCAUGAGAUUCUUGAAAACAUUAAUAAUUUAGAUAGAAAUAAGGAUGACAAGGGUCUUGAGGAUUUCGAUGAUGAAUUCUUGCCGGAUCAAAAAGAAAUUCUCAAAUUGGACAAUUUAAAUUAUAUUGAUGGACAUCACGUAGUUGUACAUCAUGAAGAACAUGAUGAGCAUUUAGUUGAAUUAAAGACUGAAGAAGAUGCAUUGAAUCCACAUGAGCCAGUACAAGAAAUGCAAAUUGAUGCCUUGCAGAACGAUGAGGUUGCGCAAAAUCAGGUACAAGAUGAGGAACAGAAGAAAAUGAAGAAAAAUCGACCAGCCAAUGAUGCUGGCGAUAAACCGAAUAAAAAAUUGAAAUUAAACAAUGGAUCAUCGGUCGCGAAAACCACAACAAAAGUACCGCGAACAAUUUUCCAUAAAGCACUCGAUGCUGUCAACAUGACAUGGGAUAAUAAGCAUUUAAAGUUAAUACUUGCUAGUGACACAUAUUCAUUAGCAAGCGAGAAUUCUGUUCAAAUUGCGGGUUCUAGUAAAAUGGUCAAUGCAAAUAAUACAUCAUCAAAAUCUAAUUUUAAUGCAAACGGCCAGCCUCUAUGGUAUGAGUCAAUGUCAAUGUGUGCUGCACGAAUCGACAGUUUGAGGUCACAUGGACAUAUUGAUGCGGCUUUGCGUUUAAGUGUAAGCGUAGUUCGCACGAUGAAACAAGUUCAGCAAGAUGCUCAACUUUUAUGGCAUAAAUAUCGCAAGCAAACGCCUGCAAUUGCUGCUCCGCCCUCUUCGUCAUCAUCACAAUCAUCUCUAACAUCAAAACCUCAACCAAUUGCUGGUACAUCUAGCUCUUCGUCAUCCAGUUCCAGUUCAGGAAUUCCAUCGACUAGUAGCACUUCCGCUAUAUCUGAUUGCAAUAAUUCGAAAUGUAAAGACUGUCAAUUAAAUAAACUUUUUGAAUUUACAAUUCAUAAAUCCUCGACAUAUACAUCCUCAUUCUCUUCAAAUCCUUGCAUCUCUGCCCCAACUGCUUCAUCAUCAAAUAAGACUUCUAUGCCAAAUAAUGAAAAUCCAAAUGAUUGCCAUAAAUGUACCAAUAAUAAUCCAGAAAAUAAUGAUAUAUCCAAUGAGAAUUCUGUAGCACCAGAACAAUCAUCAUCUACAGAAAAUAGUAGCAAAAUGACUGGUCCAAAUUCUCUUCCACAACAACAACAACCAAGUACUUCAAAAACAAAUAAUUGCUAUCCACCACCAUAUCCAACUAUACCAAAGCAUUCUUCUAAUAACAGCAACAAUAAUAGUAAUAAUAAUAAUAGCUGUAAUAGUAACAAUCCUUCAAGUAGCUCCUCAUCAUCUUCGUCAUCUAGUUCGACUAAUGGAGCUCCUGUGAAGCCUUAUAAUGAAAUUCAUGAAAUGCCACCACCACCACCCAGAAAAUUAAUGACAUCUCAAUGUAUGUGCCAUUUUACACCACCACCACCACAACAACAACAACAACAGAAUCAGCAGCAGCAGCAACAAAAUCAUCAUUUACAUAAUAACCAUCAUCAAUCCAGUCAAAGCUUUUACAUGAAAAAUGUACAGCCCGGACCUAGUAAUAGCAAUUGUCAGCCAAUGUGUCAUUAUGCAAAUUCAAAUAAUCGACAUAAUAUACCACACCAUUUACCCCAACCAAUACCAACUGCUCCCCCACCACCCCAUCAAAUGCCUCCUACAUCUCAACCAUCUUCUUCACAUCAUCCACAUCAACAAAGAAUGCCAAAUAUGCCUGGCCCAUCAAAUAUGUAUCAACAUCCUAGCUCAAGUGGUAGCAAGUAUUAUGAAUGUCAUAAAAAUUUACCAGCACAGCCACAAUGUCAUGCAAAUCCAAUGAAUGGUCCAUGUCAAAUGCAUCCAAAAAGACCGUGCAUCAAAAGUAUGUGCUGCUCUAUUGUCCCGCCACCUGAAAAACACCAUUCAUCUAAUCAAUACUAUCAAAGACCACACUGUAGUACAGCACCAAUGCCUUCAAAAUAUGAUUAUAUGAGUAAAUAUCCACCACCGAUGCCGGGUCCAUCCGGGUCAUCAUUUUGUAAUGGGUGUAUGAGAAGCAAUUGUUUAUUAAAGAAUCAAAAUCCACCACAAAUGAUUCCACAACCCCCUAUGCAUCAAGCACCUCCUCCACCUCAAAUUCCACCAAUGAUGCCCCCACCAAUUCCUCAAAUUCAACAGCAGCAACAACAACCUGUCACCUUGUGUAAGAAUUGUAAAGCGUCGGAAUCAAAAUCUACUCAACCAAUCAAAUUACAAGUGCCACCGAUCCCACAACAGCCAACAAUUAGUGCUGAAACUAAGGCUGCUGAACAGGCCAAAUAUAACAUUAUUAAUUAUGGCGCAUCAACAUCAAAGGGAGUCGUUACAUUAGCUAGUUCAUCUAGUUCCUCGUCAUCAUCAUCAUCAGCUUCAUCCUCAUGUCUUCUUCCAUAUAAUAGCAUUAAUAAGAAGAAUCCAUCUUGUGUAUCAAAAUGCCUCGAUUGCUCCGUAGGAUGUGAAAUUGAAUUUCCACUGGAUGCUGUUGCAUGCAUUUUCGAUUGCUUGACUGAAGCAUGCAUCACACAAGCUGAUGUAGUUCGACUGAAUGGCGUCGAAGAUUCUAAUAUUAUUGCACCAAAAUAUAAACAUAUCCAGGUUCCAGGCUCGAAAGAUCCAAAUGAAACAUUCCUCACAUUAGCAUUUGAAUCAGCAAUAUUGGCUUUGGGAAAGCAACGAAUAAUGCCACAAGGUUUAUAUUCUCAACACUUGAUAUGCAAACAACAAGAUCAAUUGAUUGCACGCUUACGUAAUGUCGAUCUCGAUCAGUUACUCGUUGAAAUAAUAAAGAAUUUGAGUACACAAAUGAUGGAUGGAGGACCGACAAGUGGUUUUGGAGAGUCAAUUCAUCCAGAAUCGGUUCCAAUGCAUACAUUAGCUAGAUUUCUCUUUGCAUCUUUGCUAAAUCAACAUCCAGAUCUUGCAUUUAAAAUUGGUCUACGAGCAAUGAGAUUCCCAAUAUUCGAAAAUGUUAGCAAUAAUUCUGUUGAUGGACCUUCGUCACCAUCAUCGCCUUAUGCACGUUGGUGGACUUUAGGGCAUUUAGAAAGUCAACAGUGCUCAUUAAGCUCAACUAUGUUAAGUGCAAGUAAAGGCGACAAAGUCAGAUUGUCAGCAGUCCUUGAAAAUGCACGACAAAACAUUCAUAGCUCAACACACCUCUUUAAAUUGGCACAAGAUGCAUUCCGGUUUGCAACACCAGAAAAUGGCCCACGUUCUCAUACGUUGCUAGAAGUUGCAUUUGAAUUAGGUUUGCAAGUCAUGCGAAUGACUCGAACAUGCUUAAACUGGCGUAGGCGAGAAAUGGUAAGGUGGCUUGUAACAUGUUCAACACAGCUUGGACUAGAAGCAACAUUAUCAAUUAUGCAAAAUUGGUAUGAGCUAUUUACACCCACAGAAGCAACGGGUCCAGUUGCAACAACAAUCAUGUCACAUUCUACAAUUAUGAGACUAAAUUUAAAUAUAAAGCAACAAGAGGAAUUAUCCACAUGUGCUAGAACACUAGCACUUCAAUGUGCAACAAAAGAUCCACCAAAUUGUGCACUUAAUGCAUUAACAUUAUGCGAAAAUGAUCCAAUGGCUUUCGAGACAGCAUAUCAUAUUGUGAUUGAUGCUGCCAAUCAUAUAAUGACGAGUAGUCAGCUCUUUACAAUUGCAAGAUAUAUGGAGCAUCGAGGAUUUCCAGUUCGAGCAUAUAAUCUCGCAAUAUUGGCAAUGAAAAAUGUUCAUUUGGCGUACAAUCAAGACACACAUCCAGCAAUCAAUGACAUUCAUUGGGCAUGUGCAUUAUCACAUACACUAGGAAAGGCUGAAUUAUCAAAAAUGAUUCCAAUCGUUGUUAAGAAUGUUCAAUGUGCAACAGUUUUGUCAGAUAUUUUAAGACGUUGUAGUGUACCGAAUCCCGGAAUGUCACACUUUAAUGGACAUCACAGAGGCAAUAAUAUGAGGUCUUGCCAUAAAUUAAGUUACGAUCGUGAACCAUUAAAUCAGCUAUUGGAAGCUGCCAUUUCUGCUUAUGUAAAUACUACACAUUCGAGAUUAUCUCACAUUUCACCGCGUCAUUAUGGCGAUUUUAUUGAUUUCUUGAGUAAAGCGCGCGAUACAUUUGUACUAGCUCGUGAUGGUCCAGCACAUUUUUCACGGCUUAUUGAGAAUAUAACAAUUGCUUAUAAGGGAAAGAAGAAGCUCGUUCGUCAAGUUCGUCAAAGAUUUUACUGAAAUUUAAGAGUCCACUGGUAGUGGACUUAAAUUUGACAUGAAAAAUUAUUUUAGCGAUUUUUUGGCUCCAUUAUUCAUCAUAAGAGUAGAUAGAGAUAGAGAUUUAUGGAGCAAUGACUAACCAUUUAUGACACAAUUUAUAGGAAAGCAUAUAAAUAUAUGAAAAAAUCAUGAUUUCCUUUCUCUUGCUCCUUAACUAGUUAAUUCUUUUUUUUAUUAUUACAAAUAUGUAUUGAAGAACAAAGAGGAACAAGAAGAUCCAAGAACUUACUUUUAGUGAUUCUUCACCUCUCAUAUUUUCAUUUUUAUUACAUUUGAUUCUUUUUCUUUUGUUUCGUUAACAAAAAAGAACUUAUAUGUGUAUAAAUUCGAUGUUAUUCUUUUAUUAUUGAUCUUUAAGAGACACUUUAUAACUUUUCGAUGGAAACUUUUAUGACUUCUUGAUCUUUCAUUAAAUUAUUUUUUAUCUUAUUUUUUGUUUCUCAUGAUUGUAAAUUUUCUUACCUUUUUUGAUUCUGUUUUACAACAUGAUGACUUAUAAUGAUGAUACAAUAGGAUGGGGGAGGAUGAGUUUUGCUUCAUUGGAUGAUUUUAGUCGCAAGAUUUGAAUUAAACUGAAGAUUUAGAAUCAGACAUUUUAAAGAAUUUUAUCCAGAUGUAGUCUUGUAGAUUAAUCAUCAAUUCUACUACCCAAGAUCCAAAAAAGACUCUUAAAACCAUCAAACUGAGCAAAAUCUUCAACCUUCCCACAAAAUUUUAAUUAAUUCUUCACACAUUUUUAAUUUGAUUACUAAGAACCCUAUGCAUAAUCAAAAGAAAAGUUGAAAGCGCAUGAAGAACGAUGAAAAAAAGUAUAUAAUCACAAUAAUAUGAUAAUUUGUAAUUUUGAUCUCAUAAAAAAUGAAAUGAAUAAUAUUAAAUAAUAUUAUUAUACAUAUAUAUCCGCAUAUAUACAGCAAGAAAUAAUAUUACUUUAUAACCGCAUAUUCAUUCCACAUACAUAACGUAACGACAAGGAGAAAAAAAUGAUAUAAAAGAAAUAAUCUUACAAAGAAGGUCAUAAAAAUUAUUAAGAAUUUAAUUUUUUUUUAUUAUUUUACAUUCUCGAGGUAAUUUUGUGUGCAAAAAAAAUGUGAAGAUGAUGGAAGAAAAUUUUUGUUGAUCGAAAAUUUUUUGUUCAAUUUAUUUCGUUUAUUUUUUGUAUAUCCAGUUUGGAUUACCGCAAAUCAAAAUUUUAAAUAUCUUUUCGUUUAAAAGAAAUGCAAUAAACAUGAAAACCAAAAAUUUGAAAAGAAUAUGCAGCAUAAAAAAAACGGAUUGGGGUCGAUCCAGGCAUUGAAGUUGUUAAGGAACUGAAGAUUAUAGAGGUACUGGACGUUUCCAGAAGUAGGAAAAGUAAAACACAUCUUCAAUGCCACCUCAAUUCCUAAUCAAUAGCCUAAUCUGCUGAAUAGCACUCUUGUCAAUUAUAUGUGACAGAUUCAGGACCUCCAUAGAUCAUUGUCAAUAGUGCUAAUUCAACAAAUCAUUUCCUCAAAAAAAUAAAUAAAAUAAAACAACAAUAAUUAAAAAUAGACAACAAUACAAGUCCAUAAACCAAUAAUUGAAAAAAUAAACCACAGCAAAUCUGAAACCAAAAAUAUAUAAAUUAAUUAAUAUUAAAGUUAAAUUAACAAUAAACAGCAACAGAAAGAAGAACUCAAAGAUUAUUACAAUAGAUUAAAUUAUUUUUGUUAAGUGAAUCUAAUUUUUUAUAUAAAUAAAUAAUAAUAAAUAAUUCACAGACACACAAAAAUUUCCAAUAGAUUAAAACAUCUAACAAGUUCACAAUAAGCAUAAUUAAUAAGAAUUUAAAAUAAAUUAAGCACUCAAUAAUAUUAAAAUGCAAACAAUAGCCAAUGCUGAAGCUUGACAUGAGGGUAAAUCUUCGGCAAUAUUAUAUGCUUAUCAAACAGCUUUAAAAUUUAUAUAUAUUGUCCUCAUUUGCUUGCUUUAUUGUUAAUUAUAGCAUUCAAUUGUAUGCUGAUACACAUUUGAGAUCAUAAUUGUGGGUUUGCUUGCUAUUUCUAGCUAAAUUGUUGGAAUUAGCUCCCAAUUAUGGACUCAAUUGUGUAGCAACACGCGAUAUCAUGCUUCAGUUAUUUUGAAAAUCUAUGCUGAAAAUUUUCGCAACUAAGCUUCGAGGCAGAGCUGAGGAUAAUUGGAUGGAUAUCUUUCUCAGGUUUUAACUUUGCUAAACCGGGGAUUUAAAUCUCUGGACGAGAUUUUCAUGACGUAAUUCAAUUUGAAUUUAAAGAUCUCUCUUAAAAAACGUGGUAAAAAAGGAAAAGCAAAAUUUAAUGACACUUCUUUCUAUUUCCACUUUGACUGACAAAAUCCAUCCAAUCAUUCAAAUCUGCCAUUAAGCACCCACUACACAGGAGCUACUUCUCUGAUUAAAUGGGAUGUUCAUAAACAGUUUGCGAUCUGAAAAGAACUUUAUUGUCUUUACUUUUUUUUCUACCAAUUAAUUAGUCUUUAUUAUUAUUUGAUAGCGAUUCUUAAAUUAAUGACAACAAAAAAUGGAAAAAAAAAAUAAAUAAUUUUAGUAAUUUUCUCUCAAAUAAAAAGAAAGAAAAACAAAUGAAAUGGAAAAAUGAUCAGGAAGCUUAAUUAAUAAGAAAUGAAAAGUAAAAUUAAUUAGGAAAGCGCUAAAAGAAAUUAUUUAAAAUGAGGUAUAACUCAGUAUUAAAUGAAAACUACUUUUUCUACUAUUUAAUUAAAAAUGCAAAUUAAUUAUUAGUAUAGUUCUGUAAGAAAUGAAAACAAAAAAUAAUGUGAAUGACUAUUUUCUCUGCUUAGGUUUAUAUAAAAUUUUUAGGUGACAUUAAUGUCGUGCAAUGGGGUGAAGCUGGUUUGAAAUCAAAAAUUUUAGUAAAGUCAGAUUUGACAAAAUAUCCGAAAUCCAAUCAAUUUAAAUCUAAUCAAAUCCAAAACUUAAGAAUUCCCACGAAUCCUCACAGCAACAACCUUGCACGACUCUCAAAUUUUCGCAUUGAUGCUUGAAGCGUUUAAUUUAAAUUUUAUAAAACAAAAAUGUUCUUGCUUAAAGAAAGAAUGAAAAAAAAAGUAUAAAAUUAAGUUAAUGAUUGAGGAUCUCUCAAAAAACAAAUCACUUUUACACUGCUGCUUGCUAAUUGUAUGAAUGAUUGAAUAGGAAAAGCAAAUGCAAAAAAAAAAAUUCAAUAUAAUUUCGGUACUUCCAGUAAAUAUACUUAUGAUUUAUAAACGAUAAGUAGAUAAUUUAUAGAUAAAGAAAAUUUGAAAUUCGAUGGAUUAUGUGUUAUAUGACUGACUAUUAUUUUCAUUAAUUAUUUUAAUUUUUUAGUACAAUUUAUUCACGUUAUACGAUGAUUUUAAGUUUACAUUCUCUUUUAUGUUUCAAUCAAAAAAUUAUGAUUAUUUUUUCUUUUUUAAAAAAACUUUAGUUUUGCAUAAACUUUUCACAUUACAUUAAUUAAUGUGUGGUGAUUUUUUACAUGAAAACAAAUUAAUUAAAUUAAAAUUAAUGAAAUUUACUUUCAAUUCAUUUUGAUGAGAACUUGAAAUAUGAUGACAUUAAGGAACUUUUAACAGCCAUAUCGUACUAUACAAGCAAAAAAUGAUACAAAAUUAUUGAAUAUGUUGUGAAUUGAUUCAUCAAUCACACGCAACUCUAUUGCAAAUUAUGUGCCAAUUCGAUUAAUUUCCGUUCAUAUAAAAGGAAUAGUAAUGAUUAUUAAAAAGGAGUAAAAUGAAAAAUUUUGUCAUCAAAAUGAUGAGAAAUGAAUAGAAUUAUUAAUAAAAAUUUUAGAAAUUAAUCAAAUAUUAGAUGAAAUUGAAUGAAAUGAAAUUACACAAAAAAUAUGAAGCAAACAAA